AUGUCCCAAGACACUUUCCUCGAAUUCCUCGACAAACUAAACCGUGUCUCGGUUGCCUCACCACCAGUGCAAGUCCUUGGGCUGGCGAGGAGUCUAGUGUCUUUUGUCCCCCUCCAUACAGCCCAAAUAGUCGGUGGCGCGGUCAACGCCGCCGCAAAUCUAUCUACGUACGCCAUGAGCAAAGGUCAGACGGAGAUACUUCUCCGAAACGCGAACGAGACUCUUUUCGCUCCUCAUGGCCUGAAAGUGGGAGUGGCAAGGCUCGAUGCAGUGGCAAAAUUGACGGGAAUGCCAAUCCUGAAUGCUUCGGGUAAAGCGGAGAAGAACCUUAGCUUACUCGCACCAAUCGUGGAAACGGAAGGCUGCGAGGCAGAACCGGUCAGUGUGCAGCAGAGGCGGAUUGAGGUCAUGGUACCGUGGAUUCAACCUCUGGACGUCUCCCCACUGCCAGAAGUGAAUGCGCCAGAUAAUAUAUGGAGCAAGCUGCAUGCCAAGGCAAGCGAGAGGCAACGGGGUAAAGAGGAGAAGAAGUUGCUCAAAGAUCGAAAUAAGGCUCACGAAGACUACGACAAGGACUCAAAGAAAGCGCAAUAUGAACUUGACAAGAAGACACGUGAACUUUUCAAAGAAAGAAAGAAGAAAGGGAAGAAAUUGGACUCCGAACUGAGAAAGGUGGAGAAGGAAAGGCAUAAAGUGCGAAAAGAAUACGAGAAAGAGAUGAGGUCUGUUGAGAAAGAUAAGCGGAAAGACGACAAGGAGGAGGAGGGUAUAAGGAAGAUCCUCUGGGUUAUCAUACGGAAUCUGAACGAUGGUUACAAUAGUACUGCUCCUGAGCAUCAGCUGGAAUUUUGA